GGGGCAACGUCCGGCUUUGAGGCAGGCGGGCAACCCGCUGGGCAGGAGGCGGCGGGGCGGCGUUUGUUCGCACUUUGAAAAUGUCACAUUUAUCACUUCAUUUCCCUUCUGAGAUGUCGCCAAGACGGUUGAGUAACGUCUCGUAUACUCCGAUUUCGGCCGUAAGUGCCGGUGGCCUUCCACCUGAGAAGUUUGUGAUCGAGAAUGUGGCCAAAAACGGACUUGGCAUUGGAGUGGCCUCCAUCGUUUUGGCCGGUGAGAUGGCUGGAUCGGGAGUUUUGGCCUUGCCUGCCGCCAUGAUUGGAACAGGUUGGAUGGGAUUACUCUUGAUCGUCUUAUUUACCGUUAAUGCCUGCUAUAGUGGAACCCGGUUGGGACAAUGUUGGGUUAUUCUGGAGGAGCGAUAUCCCGAAUUCAAAGGGAUCAUUCGAGAUCCAUAUCCCACGAUUGGCGAGCGAGCUGUGGGUCGUUGGGGACGUUUGGUGUCGUUGAUAUGCAUUACCAUCACUCUUUAUGGCGGAGGUUGCGUAUUCAUUGUCCUGAUUGCCCAACUCUUGGGAUCACUUCUUUCCACGUGGCUCGAUAUCCACUUGAGUCUGUGUCUAUGGAUGUUGAUUGUGGCUGCUGGUUUGACUCCAAUGACCUGGUUGGGCACACCCAAGGACUUUUGGCCCAUUGCGGUUGGAGCCCUGGUUACCACCUUGGCUGCUUGUUUGCUGAUUAUAAUUCGAUCGGCCUUGGACUCUCAAGAAUUGGAGGAAGUGGUUUAUCCGGCACCCACGCUCGAAGGGACUUUCAAAGCUUUCGGCUCGAUCAUGUUCGCUUUCGCUGGAGCCUCCACAUUCCCCACUAUUCAAGCGGACAUGAAACAUCGAGAGCAGUUUAAUAAAGCCGCCACAAUCGCUUGCGGAAUCUUGUUUCUUAUCUACUUUCCCAUGGCCGCCGGAGGAUACUUCUCAUUUGGCCAUUUGGCUCAGCCAAACAUUGUCCUCAGUAUUAGUGAUGGUCCCGUCAGACUCAUUGUGGAGAUCAUGCUUCUCCUUCAUCUCGUGGCAGCCUUCCCCAUCAUCACAAACCCGCCAGCCCAAUUCUUCGAAUAUAUGUUGGGCAUUCCCACAGAAUUCAAUCUGAAACGGUGCUUGUUCCGCACUGCCAGUGUGGUAAUUCUACUUUUUAUUGCGGAAACCGUCCCAAGUUUUGGCAGUAUCUUGGAUCUGGUAGGUGGGAGCACAGUGACAUUGCUCACAUUUGUAUUCCCGCCCUAUUUCUACAUGAGGCUUGUGGACUCGUCCCAUCGGUACAAGGACUGCACCCAAAGGUCUCUGCCCAUGUGGGAGCGUGUCUAUUGCUGGCUAUUAAUCAUCAUUGGGAUCAUUGGCGGGUGUUGUGCCACUUACACGGCGGUGAAGAACAUUGUGAGCGCAGACUUUCAAGUCCCGUGCUAUUUACAGAGUGGCAAUGUUUCCAUGGCCAUGUCAGCUCAUUAAAUGAGAUGCCAACAACAAACACAUACAUUACAUGAACGCCUUUCGCCCUUGAGUACUUGACGGACGAAGCGUUCCUUUGUAUCAUUGACUCUACAUAUUUUAGUAACUGAGUUACACUCUCGAGAAAUAAAGUACUUAACCAAUUGA